CAGAAAAACUAAAUAAUUAAUCACAUUAGGUUUUUGGUUUAAUGAAUUGUCAUCUUUUCUCCAUUUCCAAGCUUUAGAGUUUUUUUUAUGCCAGAUGGAGAGGCACAAAAAGAUUUAAUUUUUUAAGUUCCAGCAUUAUUUUAUCACCUCCCCAUCGUGUUUCAUGUGAUUGAUUCCUGGAGGUACCUUCAGUUUUGCUCGCCUUAAGUGGAGGAAAUGGAAAAUAUGAAGAGAGAUAUUCCCUCUGAAUCCUUUCCGGGAACUACUGAAGUAACAUCAUCAACUACGGAUGAUUCACCGGAUAGGGUAUCCGAAACGGAUAAAAGUAUGAGUCAAAUUGUAGAAUUUGAGGCACACGCUUCGCCUGUGGAUGAUUCCAUAUGUGAUCAUCCUAGACAGGAUCAGAGUAAUUUGUCCACAUCAGGCAUAAAUUUGAUUUUGAAGUCUCCUUGUGAAGUUGAUUAUUGUGGAAUUGUGGAAUCUCCUAUGAUUAUUUCUCCACUCAAAGAUGAAUCAUCAUCACUCAGUUCCGUUUCAUCGGAUACGAAACCUGUUGAAGCAUCACAACCACUUGUUGAUACCUCAGACUUCUUAUUGACGGAUUCAGAGAGUGCAAAGUUUCAAGAGGGAGUAACAAAGGAACAUGAAACAACUCCGUUGGAUCCGGCUAUAGAUCUUCUUGGAGACAUAAUUAUCACUUCUCAACACAAUGACAAUGCCAGCGAUGAUAAUUUAACAUCCUCUUCCCGUCCAGAAACGAGAGAGGCCGCUGAUGAUAUUGUCAAUCAGUUGUUGCCAUUGGAUUUGGACAGCGCUGCUCACCUCCAAGCCAAUGUUUCUGAUCAUCUGGAGCCAUCACGUGACACCGAUCUGCUCGUGACCAGUUUUUCGGAUCAGCACACGGCAGAUGUUCCAGUUCAUGUAAUGCCAUUAGAUGGUGCUGUUGAUCAGCAGUCAUUAGCCAAAGUUUCCACUCAUUUAGUGCCAUCCCAUGAUGAUGAUGAUGAUGAUCAUGAUGAUGAUGAUGCUAGGUUACGCCAAGCGAAAAUUAGCAGCUUUGCUGCUAAACAGUCAGCCUCUUUCCCUUCCAAUCGUCCUGAAAAUGCAGGCAUUGACAGAGUUCAGAUCGACACGGCAAUGCCUAUUGAAUCUGUGAAGCAUGCUGUUUCUAAAUUUGGAGGAAUUGUUGAUUGGAAGGCUCAUCGAAUUCAGACUGUGGAGAGGCGGAAGUGUAUUGAUCAAGAGCUAGAGAAACUGCAGGAGGAGAUUCCGAUAUUCAAAAAGCAAUGCGAAGAAUCUGAAGAGGCUAAAAUGCAAGUGUUAAAGGAGUUGGAUGGAACGAGAAGACUGAUAGAGGAAUUGAAGCUCAACCUUGAGAGAGCACAGACAGAAGAGCAGCAGGCGAGGCAGGACUCCGAGCUUGCGAAGCUGAGAGUGGAAGAGAUGGAGCAAGGGAUCGCCGACGAGGCCAGCAUUGCAACCAAAGCCCAACUCGAGGUUGCCAAAGCACGACACGCCUCCGCCGUGUCGGAGCUCCAGACGGUGAGGUCCGAGCUGGAACAACUCCGCGCAGACUACGCGGUGCUGGUGUCCGAGAGAGACGCGGCGGUGAGGAAGGGGGAGGAAGCCGUCUCCGAGUCGAAGGAAGUCGAGAAGUGCGUGGAGGAUCUGACGGUUGAGCUGAUAACGAUGAAGCAAAACCUAGAGGCGGCGCACGCCGCGCAUCUGGAGGCGGAGGAUCAUCGAAUCGGAGCGGAUCUGGCGAGAGAGCAAGACACACUUUACUGGGAGGAAGAAGUGAAGAAGGCCGAAGAUGAAAUAUCUAGGUUAAAUCAACAGAUCCUCUCUGCAAAUGAACUGAAAUCAGAUCUGCAAACCGCUUCGGCUUUGUUACACGACUUGAAGGCAGAACUCGCCGCUUACAUGGAGACGAAGCCUCAACAACACGAAGAAGCCGAUGUGGGAAGAACUCAUUCUGGAAUCCAAGCGGCGGUGGAAUCAACCAGAAGAGAGAUUGAAGAAUUGAAGCUUCAAGCAGAGAAAGCUGCUUCUGAAGUGAAUUGCUUGAGAUUAACCGCCGCGUCGUUAGAGACAGAACUGGAAAGAGAGAAGGCUGAACUCGCCGGUACUCAACAGAGAGAAGAAAUGGUGUCGAUCUCUGCUGCAUCCAUUGAAGCUGAGCUGAACAGAACCAGAUCCGAUAUUUCCCUCGCGCAGAUAAAAGAGAAAGAAGCAAGAGAGAGGAUGGUGGAGCUUACAAAGCAGUUGCAGGUGGUUGCUCAAGAUGCAAAUCAGGCAAAAUCUCUUGCUGAAACAAGACAGGCAGAACUAUGGAGGGCAAAGGAAGAAGCCGAGCAGGCCAAGGCAGAAGCUAAUGCUAUAGAUAAUCAACUACAUGCAGUUCAUAAGGAGAUAGAAGCUGCAAAAGCUGCAGAGAAACUGGCAUUAGCAGCCAUGAACGCACUGGAAGAGAGCGAAUCAGCUCGAAAGAACAAAGAAUGGGAUUCGCCAACUGGUGUGAAAAUAUCCUUAGAAGAGUACUAUGAGUUAAGCAAACAGACACAUGCUGCAGAAGAAGAAGCAAAUGCAAGAAUCGCAGCUGCCAUGUCCCAAAUCGAUGUCGCCAAAGAGUCAGAACUCAAGAGCAUGAAGAAGCUUGAGGAUGUCAACCAACAGUUGGCUGGGAAAAAGAAAGCACUAGAAACUGCAGUGCAGAAAGCUGAGGAAGCCAAGGGAGGGAAGCUUGCUGUGGAACAGGAGCUGAGGAAAUGGAGGGAAGUGCAUGAGGAAAGACGGAGAAUCAGCGAAUCUGUUAACCGAAAUAGCUGCCCAAGAUUGAGUUUUGAAGACAGGAAAGAACAUGAUGCAUCCAUACUCCAUCAUAGGUCUCCAAAAGGAAACGUGCACGAAAGCAAUCAUGAGAAUCCAUUUACGCAAGAAGGCAGCGUGGAACACGAACCAUCUCUUGAAGCCACAAAGACCACGAAGAAGAAGCGAAGAUCCUUCUUCCCUCGGAUUUUCAUGUUCUUGGCCAGAAAAAAGAGCUCCAAGACAGCAUGAUGAUGCCCUCUAUGUGAACUACCCUUAUACUGUUCUUUAAGAGAUGUUGAUAGAUUGAUUCGGUGCGUAUAGUUUACAUACGGGAACAUAAUUGUAAGUGCACAUUUUGUUCAUUGUUUUGUGUACAUAUCAAUAUAUAUCAUUCACAGUUGGAAUAUUGGAGUUUUUGUCAUUUCGAGUUGGUGUUUCAACUGUUUUUUACAUUCACAGCUCUAAUACAGAGAUCAACAGUGUGAAGAACACAAGAAAGGAGGGAAUAAAAU